AUGGCUGCACCUGGUCAACGAUUUUUCUUAGGAGACAACAAUGUGGAGCAUUUCAUGAUGAACGCGAUCGGCGCUGGGAUGGGACUCUUCAUUGGGCCUGGAGGUGUAGGUAGAGCUUUCGGAGGGGCGGGGCCUGCUAGAGCAGAGGCAGAUAUCGAAACAAUCCUGAGAAGCGUCGAGGUGCCCAAGUACCCUCCGCCAACAGCGGGGUUCAUGGCCAGCUUUGAUAUGGAGGAGGCGCAGUCCAAGCAGGCAAUUGAAAUCGAUGACAAUGGGGUAGUCAAGAAGAAGAAACGGAAACAACCCAUCCUCGUCUGCGCCAAGUGCAAAGACCCGCUGCUCAUCUCUGAAGCCUACCGCACCCCCGCCGACAGAGUUUGGGCUCUCCGCUGUGGUCACAUCAUCGACCAAAAGUGCCUCGACGAGAUUCAGGCCCCGAGGUCCAUUAUGGAGAUGGCGAGCGUGGACAAGCAUCCGGACGUGUUGGAUGAGCAGCCGGCGAAGAGGAGGAAGGGCCUGCGCAAGGCGAAGGAGCAGGAGAAGCCGGCGGACGAGUAUACGUGGAAGUGUCCGGUGGAGGGCUGUGGGAAGCGGCACAUGAGCCAGGAUAUAGGCGGGUCAUGGGUGAUGGUUGAGGGAGAAGGGGCGUUGCAGGUGUACGCUUGA